ACAGGAAGUGGGGCUGCUGCUUUUUGCUGGAUUCAGGGAACACAAAAUGGACAGUCAAGGGAGAAAAGUCGUGGUUUGUGACAAUGGAACCGGGUUUGUCAAGUGCGGCUUUGCAGGCUCCAACUUCCCCGAACACAUUUUCCCCGCGCUGGUUGGCCGGCCAAUCAUCCGCUCCACAGCCAAAGUUGGCAACAUUGAAAUCAAGGACCUGAUGGUGGGGGACGAGGCCAGCGAGCUGCGCUCCAUGUUGGAGGUGAACUACCCGAUGGAGAACGGUAUCGUCAGGAACUGGGACGACAUGAAGCACCUGUGGGACUACACCUUCGGCCCCGAGAAACUCAACAUCGACUCGCACGACUGCAAGAUCCUUCUGACCGAGCCGCCCAUGAACCCCACCAAGAACAGAGAAAAGAUUAUAGAGGUGAUGUUUGAAACGUACCAGUUCUCAGGAGUUUAUAUCGCCAUCCAGGCCGUCCUCACUCUCUACGCUCAAGGACUGCUUACCGGAGUGGUGGUCGACUCUGGUGACGGAGUCACUCACAUCUGUCCGGUGUACGAGGGCUUCUCGCUGCCCCACCUGACCCGACGGCUUGACAUCGCAGGGAGGGACAUAACGCGCUACCUCAUCAAGCUGCUGCUGCUGCGAGGUUACGCCUUCAACCAUUCGGCGGACUUUGAGACGGUGAGGAUGAUGAAGGAGAAGCUGUGCUACGUGGGUUACAACAUCGAGCAGGAGCAGAAGCUGGCGCUGGAGACAACGGUGCUGGUGGAGUCGUACACGCUCCCAGACGGCAGGCUGAUCAAGGUGGGAGGUGAGAGGUUCGAAGCCCCAGAGGCUUUGUUUCAACCCCACCUCAUCAACGUGGAGGGAGUGGGCGUGGCCGAGCUGCUCUUCAACACCAUCCACGCCGCAGAUAUCGACACCAGGUCUGAGUUCUACAAGCACAUCGUCCUGUCCGGAGGCUCCACCAUGUAUCCCGGCCUGCCGUCCCGCCUGGAGCGCGAACUGAAGCAGCUGUACCUGGAGCGAGUGCUGAAGGGAGACGUCGACAAGCUAUCGAAAUUCAAGAUCCGGAUAGAGGACCCGCCUCGGCGUAAACACAUGGUGUUCCUGGGCGGCGCCGUGCUGGCCGACAUCAUGAAGGACAAGGACAACUUCUGGAUGACGCGGGCGGAGUACCAGGAGAAAGGGACGCGGGUGCUGGAGAAGCUCGGAGUCACCGUCAGAUAAAACGCAAACAAACAAAAACACUUCCCGCUCACACCCCCUCCAUCUUACCCCCUCAGCUGAUAUCCAUGCACCGCUUACCUUGAUGUGUCUGGAUGCUCACGCUGUGUCGUCCAUUCACGCUCGUUUUGAAAAGCAAAGAGGGGGGGGGGGGGGGCAAGAGGGAUGAAGGAUUUUGGGUAAGAAGUCUCAUGGCGAGGGACUGGACGUUACCAGACAUCUUGAAUAUUUGCCCGCGACACAAAAAUGUCCUUAUUAUUAGAAUUAUGUUUGGAGAUGCACGAGUUAGUGCCGUUAAGUACUCCAUUUAAAGGAAAAGUGCAACAUUUUUGGAAAUAUUUGCUUUCUUGGCGAGAGUUGGAUGACAAGAAUGACACCAGUCUGUCCGUUAGCUUAGCUUAGCAUAAAGACUGUAAGCAGGGGGAAACGGCUAGCCUGGUUCUCUCCAAAGUAACACAAUUCUGCCAGUUUUAGGGGGUUCUGUGCUGGACUAUUUUUGGGGCUUUUUUACCUUUUUUUUAGUUGGUAGACGAGGUGAUCAAAAUAUUGAUACGCUCAUCUGAGUCGCCUCCAAUUAUUACAGCGCGCUCAUCAUAAUAAUAAUAAUAAUAAUAAGCUUAACGUGAUUUAAGUAGUUUUAUGAUAUCUUGUUUGUUUAAUUAUCGUACAAAGAAGAUAAAACAUCAGUGAGCUUUAGAGACACAGGAAGGCAAGCUUCCAGUUUUUAUGCUAAGCUAACUAGCUGUUCGCUGGAGCUUUACAUUAACUGUACAGACAUGAGAUCGAUCUUAUUUCUGACUCUUGCCAUGAAAGAAAAUGUGUAUUUCCCAAAAUGUUUUCCUUUUUAAAGAUGAAAUCGUAAUCCAUGGCUUUAAAAAUACAGACUGUUCAACGUCAAACUGUCCUUUUGUGGAGCAGCACAUCUGUGAGUGUUUAGGCUUGUGUGCCUCUCACACCGGGCCACAUUGAGCUCCUGGCUGUUGUCAAGUCGAAGACUAUGCCGAUAAUUAUUAUUUGCGAUGCGAGUUCCUUUCCAAAACGGGACACCCCCCCCCCACAGAUGCCGGCAUUACAGAUAGUGGAGCGUUACAGAGAUUAGAUAUCCGAACAAUUAGAUCAUUGCAUACUGUGUCUUUUUAACAUACCGAUCGUCAAAUCACAUUCUCCCCUCCCCCGCUCACAUUUCCUGUUUAAUGUUUGGGGAUGAGUCACUGUACUGAAGGUGCAGCCGGGUUUUUAACUCGGCACCGCGUUAGUCUUUGUCGGGACGCUUGCUUGCUUGUUAAGCGCAGAAGUUCAUAUUUUCCACACGAUUUCAAUGUGAAGAAAUGAAUACGUGGGAAACCUCUUUUAGUUUUCCCGCUUUCUUCUGGAAUGGCAGCGUUGGAAGGUUUGGUUUGUGGUGGUGAGCAGAGUUUUGUGUUUGGAAACGGACCAGCUGAAGCUUUUAGUGGGUUUGAUUUGUCUCCGUAUCCUGUUUACCACCGACAAAUAAACCAUCCCAGAGAGAAGGCCUUCCAUUCCAUUCACGAUCACAAAGCAUCGAGUCAUUCCUUACGGGCGAUGCAGGACCGUCAUGCUACAUAUCAACGUCCUGCAUCGCUACAUCCAGACGUCACUGAGCUGCUUACAAUUUGUCACCGGAAGUUAAAUUAAAAGUAUGAACUCACUGGAUGGUGGACAAUCUUUUUCGUGACCUGUAAGGUAGAAGGGGAAAAAAAAUGUAUUGCUCCGACAGAGAAAGGUCUCUUCCAAUCGGGGUUGAUACCGACAUUGCUGUAAUUUAGAUUUCAGCCACCGGGGGCAGCACUGAGCUCAGUCGCUGAGCAGAACUCCAUUUUACCAAAUGUGCAACAAACGGUCUGCGAUUUGAACGUGACAUAACUUCCCUUUGUGUUCAUUUCGACACGUUUCAUCAAAACAAACGUUAUGUUUGUGACCCGUGAACGAGUGUGUGUGAAAGCUAUGGAGGAGCUGCAAAGAUUAGUCGAAUAAAUCAGCAAAUAUUUAGAUUGUCGAUCGUCAUAUUUUUCUAACAUUCCCUUAAAGCAGCCGUUCAGAAUUUCCUUUUGCUUUUUUUUGUCUCGUGAAGUCGUGAACUGAAUAACAGAUGACGUCACCUUCUGCUUCAGGAAACUGACGGUUUGAUUUAUGGAGACGGUCGUCUGCAGGAUGGAUGGAUAAUAAAGAUUGUCAGCAGCAGCUCUACAAGUUUAUCUUAUAUUUACCUUCACAGUGUAGAAAGAAGACAUUCUGCAGCAUCUUAAGAUUUCACAUGAGUCUUUAUUGACUGUAAUGGAAGAGGCGUUCUUGUUUCUGGGGCCUGUACCAGAAAGCAGGAUUUGGGGUUAACCGGGUAACUUCGGGGUUAAAUCCGGGUUGUCAGUUCCACGACGGAGGUUCACUUCUUACCGGUGUGGGAUCUGAACACCUAUCCUGUUAUGUUGGAUAUAAUAGAUCAACUAAAAUAAAGUAUAAAGCAUAUCCUCUUUUAAGAAGGAGAUGUCCAAUAGGAGAUAGUUCCAUGUGUUGGUCUUGAAGGAGGGAAGGGAACAGUAGAGUCAAACGGUCUGGAGCAAUCUCAUUGGUUCAGAGAAACCUCAGUGGGCUUAAAGACAAGCUGCUGAGAAUAAAGCCCGAUGAUACCGGAUCUAAAGAAUACCGAUGCUAUAGAAAAAUGUGGUAGAAGUAUAUUUAGACACACAGCGGAGAGCAGCUAUUCUCAAGUGAACCGUGCGUUAGAGAUCAAAUAUUUUCUGCUAUUUCGCCUUCAGUGCGGCGCUUUUAUACUUUUGUACUUCUUCAGCCAACACACAGUAUUUUCGGAAACAAGUAAAAUAAAUAAACAUUUAUGCGGCACAUUUCAGAACAAAGUUACGAAGUGUUUCACAUGGUGGAACCAGGAUUAAAACAUUUCAAAUAAAAACACAUUAAGAAUAAUACUCAAAUGAAAUACCCAACAACUAUUAGACUUGUUCCGUGAGUAUUUCUACCGACUGACUGCACAUGAAUAAUUUACCAGAUAAAAGGCUUCAUCACAGCCAUCGGUGACACGUUUUAGCUUCUUAAAAGUCAUCUCUUUUGAAUGUUGAAUACUACAUUACCCAUGAGCCUCAGUCGCAAUCAGGACCCAAGUGUGUAAAGUUGAGUCCUGAACACUUCAAUUCUUCAACCGAUGAGAUCAUUCUGGGAUGUUUGUCUAAAACGUUUAAUCUGGUCGGACAUUUAGAAAACUGACUUCCUCUCAUCCUGAAUCUUACGGAUGUAUGUUUCUUCUUCUUCCUCGUGACCACACCUGCCGCUCCUUCCUGGUCUCGGCUGUACCGAGGAUGAAUUGGUGGGUUUGGGCUCACAGGACAAGGUGCUUUGUGUGGGUUACUGAAACGUUAUUUGUAAUAUUAAUAAGAAUCUGGUGUCAGGAAACAGAGACCACGUAAAAAGCUGGUAUUUGUGGUUUUUCCGUCUCAGGUCUUAUGUGUAUAUUGGAAUCACUUGACUCGCAUAUAUGAAUAUAAAUGUAUAAUUUCCUCUCGACAAACACGGUCAUCAAGUGUCAAGUACAGUAACUUUUUUUUUUUGCUCGUUCUUUUUAUGUUUCGUUUGUAGCACAACUGCCAACCGCUGAUUUAAAUAAAGCAAAUGAUUUAUAGA